CACUACAAAAAUACUGUUGUUUCUGAAUAUAUUACACACCGCCAGCGAUGUGAAGCGCAAGCCAUCUUAAUAUUGUAAUAUUCACCCGUGUCAAUGCCAUUCGCUCAGCCUUAAUCAGAUGCUCUCUUCACUAAACCUGUUAAGUUAAUAUUUACAAUUGAAGUGUCGAAAUAUUUUCGAGAAAUGAACGACAAUGGAGAGAGAAAACGAGUUGCCUUUGUCUCCUCCGGUAAUUAUCACUCCAGAUAUGUCGAGCUAUCCGACGAAAUUUCGCGAAAAGAAGAUACAAUCAAGGACUUCAUUGGCAACUGAUAGAUUUUCUUGCAUUUCGUUUCUAACAACGAGCCAAAGAAGUGAUCAUACUGUAUGGAUACCAAGAUGGCGGAGUCUUCCAUGCGACCUCGAAAAAGAAAUCUGGUACGAUGAUUGCCCAGAGUUUUUAAAAGCCUGGUCGAGAUAUCGAAUCACUAAUAUGGCUCGCCGGUACAAAACAAUGGAUUAUAUUCACAUGGUUCUCGCUGAUACAAGCGCAGAUCUUUAUUCCGAAUUGGACGGUUGCUGUGAUCUAUCAACUGCAGUCGGUAUAUCAGUAAGUAGGGAUUUAUUGAACUGUUCUGCGGAUUUUUCGGAAAAUGGAUCUGGAAUUGUCCCACGAAGUGCAUCAGAUGAAAAUAUACAAUAUUGUGACCGCGAAGGGGACAGGCAGUGGCAUCUGACUCAGAUGAAUUUGAAUUAUGCCCUCGCUUCAUCGCGAACGUGUUCGACUGAAGAACUCAACAAGGACCAGAGGAAUAUUCAUAGAAUUGAAAAAUGGCUUAAAAGAUGUAACAGUGGUACGAAUUGACAGAUAAUAGUUUUAAAGAGUAUGUGGUAAACCAAAGAACUACGAUGAAAGCUUUGGGUAUGUUGGUGUAAGUGCCAACAGCUGUUUCUUUUUUUUUUUCUCUUAUAUGGAAAUUUUCUCUGCUCGCGAUAUAAAAUCCGCUUUUGUGGCGACACUUUAUUGUCCUGUUAAAGUACAUUAAGAACUACCUUAGAUGAUUAAAUGACCCGUUUUGAGGCAUACUUUGCGUGAAUGAAAUUUUGCUUUUCCGACCGAAGCGUGUAAUGUUUAUCUGACACACAAUUACGUUAGUAUUGUGAUUUUUGCCGUUAGAACAUGUGUACCUAAAUGUACGAAAAUGUUUCUCUUUUCCGGAAAAAGUUUUUGCAUUUU